UAGGUUAAAUGUAUAGCAUAAUUAUAAGUGCAAUUACAAACACAUAUAAAUAGACAUGCCUAGUAAUACAUAUUUUACAUCUUAAAUUUCCAAUUAGUACUAAUAAAUUCAUAAUUUUAAGAGAAGAAGAUGAUUAUGGUAAAGAUGAUGAUGAUGGCUAUGAUGGUGGGAGUUGCGAUGGGAAAUAUUGUAGAUAAGACAUGCAAGCAGACACCUGACUACACUCUUAUCUCUCUCCUCCGCUCCGAUCCACGUAGCUCUUCCGCCGACACCGUCGGCCUCGUUCUUAUCCUCGUCGACAAAAUCAAGGCGCUUGGGGCUGAAACGCUCGGGCAGAUCAAUGAGGCGUACAAGACGAAACCUAUGCUGAAAAAGCCAUUAGACGAGUGUAGUUUGAGAUACAAAACGAUCGUAGACGUUGACGUCCACACUGCCAUUAUAGCUGUCAAAGGAAACCCUAAGUUCGCUGAAGGGGCUAUUGUCGACGCCGGCGUGGAAGCUUCCAUUUGCGAAGGAGGGUUUACCAAAGGCCAAUCUACGUUGACCAGUUUGACUCAAAGAAUGGAAAAGAUUUGCGAUGUGACCAGAGCCAUCGUCCGAAUUUUGCUCUAAUUAAUUUACAUCUUAUUUAGAAUAUUCUAAAUUAAUAAUAAAGCUCGUAACCAAUAUAAUCCGGAUGAAAUCGAUGUGAAUGAAAGUUGUAUAACGUUACCUAAACCGAGACUAGCUUUAAGAACCGGUUGUCAAACACGGGCAAAAAUUCGGCACGAAGUUUCUAGAACCGAAUCACGGGAUAUACAAAACAUUCACGAGCCAGAUAUCGACUUACGAGAGAAAACAGCCCCCACAAUAUUAAUUAAAUUAAGGUAUUUUGAAAUUAUUUGGUCGACGUUGGGUAUAGUGUGGACUCAUAUAGUCAUAUAUAAUGGUAAUUGUUUUGUCGUAUAUGUGACCGACUACUAAAGUACU